AAUUUACAUGUAUGUAAUUCUCAAAUACACUAAGCAUAGCAUAAGAGAAACAAAAAAUAUAGUGGUUAAUGGUCGUCAACAGGCAAUCGUCAUGGGAUGUGGUAAUAAACACGACGGUAAACGAACAAUCAAAAAUAUAAUAUUGCAUAAAACAUGUGCCCGUACAACGUGGUAAAACUUCAAGGUGAUUUUAAAAUAGUGCAUGUGACAUUGUCUCUGCUUAAAAAAUAACAUCGCUGCUUUUUAAAAACAGCUAUACACCGCCUGAUUGAUUCCUUGCGGCCUAAUUACAUAUAAAAAUAUGAUGAAGUUUGGUCGUUAAGUUUAGUGUAAGUAAAAGAGCAGGAUGUUACAAGUACUCGAGAUCAAAACGAACAGGUUAUCCCUUGACAAAAGUACCGCCAUAAUCGAUUGGAUUGAUCAUGUCAGUCCGUCAAUUACAUACGACGAAUUUUUCUCAAAGUAUUUAAUUCCAAAUAAACCGUGUAUCUUUGAUUCAAAAGUCACUGAAAAUUGGUCAUGCAGAAGGCAAUGGAGCUUGGAUGAUGCACCAGACUUUACUGCCCUUGAUAUAUUAUUUGGAAACUAUGCAGUACCAGUGGCAGAUUGCAACAAAAAAUAUUACAAUUCACAAUCCAAAGAUGACAUGAAAAUGACAGAUUACUUGAAUUAUUGGAUGAAUUAUACAAAAAGUAAUUAUUCAGAUUCUAAAUCACUUUUGUAUUUAAAAGAUUGGCACUGUCCAAGAUUAUUUCCCAAUGCUCCUAUGUAUGAUGUUCCCCAAUAUUUUGCAUCUGACUGGUUAAACGAAUACUAUAUUGCAAAUCCUGAAUUGGAUGACGAUUAUAGGUUCGUGUAUAUGGGACCGAGUAAAACAUGGACACCAUUGCAUGCAGACGUGUUUGGAUCGUACAGUUGGUCUGCGAACGUAAUUGGAAAGAAACGCUGGUUACUUUUCCCCCCGCAUCAAGAAGACUGCUUGCGUGAUAUUCAUGGCCAGUUAAUAUACGAUGCAACAUCCGACGAACUUAACGAUUAUAAAAAAUACAAAGCCUACGACAAGCGUACAAUAAAAUAUAUUGAUGUAGUUCAAAAGCCUGGAGAAAUUAUAUUUGUACCAUCUGGAUGGCACCAUCAAGUUUGGAAUUUGGAAGAUUCAAUUUCUAUUAAUCAUAAUUGGAUCAAUGGAUGCAAUAUUAUGGAUGUAUGGCACGGAUUGAAAAAAGAAUUGUGCUCUGUAAUGAAAGAAGUUUCCGACUGCAAAGAUAUGAAUAAUUGGGCAGAACAGUGCCAAUUGAUAUUACGAUCGACAUUUGGAAUGGAUUAUUAUCUAUUUUUAGAUUUUCUAAUUUUCAUAGCUACAGAACGUUUAAAUAAGGUUGUAAAUAAAGAUAGAGUUAUCUGUUUUCGCAAGUAUGAAUUUGGAGUAAACCACUGUGUAUUUGAUCUUGAUGCAAUAAGAUUGGUACUAAUAGAUUUUAUCAAAGAUACAGAGGAGAAAUCCAUAUAUGAUUUAAUUUGUGAGAGAAAGCAAGCUCAUAAGUUAUUACAUAGGAUUACAACAUUAUUGUGUUCGCAUAAUAUUGAAAAUUUGUGUGCAACACAGAAAAAUAGCGAAAUUUAA